AUGCUCUUCCCCUUCACGUCGCAGUCGCUGAUCGCCGCGGCCGACUCAUUUCGCACGCAGUCACCCCCCUCGACUGCCAUUGAGCCGACCACCAGCAACCCACAGCUCCGGCCAGUCUCCUCCUCAGUCAACACUGACCCUUCCAGCGCUGUUGCCUACUCUUCUUCCUCCACCGCCUCCACUUCCGCCCCAUCCUCCUCUGCUGCGCCUCCUCUCGCCAUGGUCGAUGCUGCCCCUCCCCCCAUGACGGCUCCUCGCUCGCCUGGCCUUCUCCCCACGGUCCUGGCGGUGGCCAUCGGCGGUGCUUCUUCUUCACGGACACCCGCCUCCCUGCCCUUCGCCAUGGCGGCCCCCCUGGCCUCGACCGCCUCCUCCACCGACUACAUCGAUGAUGAUGACGACGACGACGAUGACCAUUCAUUGGUCCUGCUUCCGGCAUCCAUCGAUCCGGCCACUCCCCCGGCAAUCGCCCCGUCCGCCCCGCUGUCGGUCUUCUUCUCUCCAGCUCGCUCUACCAAGGUCACCCCCUACCGUCAGGUGCCCUCGUCCUUGGUCACCUCUCCUGUGGGCUCUCCCCCUCUGGCUCCCUCUGAACAGCCAUCUUCAUCGACGACGACGCCGACGACGACGUGUCCCCCGUCUCCGUGUCCCCCUUCCCCGUCCUCCCCCCCCUUGCAACACAUGAGGCCGACGACUCCCGAUUCUGAUACUUGUUCUUUGUCAUCUUUUCUGGAGUCCCUUUCUGCCGAAGACCCUGCAUCUGGCGUUGACAGCCUAAAGAGCCCCUCCGACAGAAGCAGCAUCCACAGCGGCGCCCUGCUUGAGGACCCCGCUAGCCUGGACCCCAACUACCACCACCUGUCCUCUUCCUCCUCGAUUGCCGCCCUCCCCGCGGCCAACGACGACGGGCCCGCCUCCCUCUCCCAGCGUGGUAACUCCAUCUCCACGGUCAGCCUCGCAUCCAGCACGGCCACCGGCUCAUCGCUCAAUCUCCAGCACCUGCCCACUCGCGUGCUGGUUCGCUCGCCAUCCAUCGUCUCCUCGGCGUCCACCUGCUCGGCAACUUCCACGUCUUCCUCCUCCUCCGGCAAGACCUCCUUCCUAUCCCGGCGCAAGCAGGCCACCGUUGGCAUGCCUGUUUCUCCGGCUGCCAGUAACAGCACCAUUUCUAGCCUGGCCAGUGGUCCCACCGUCAACGCCGCCACCAGCACCAGCCACAGCACCAGGAUGCACUCGGCAUCUUCCACCUCCUCCAUGCACCUGGAUUCGCCGGGCGGCGAGCAUGCCGGCGCCGGCACGCAUGCCCUCCCCACGGCCCCGACCUCCAGCCAUGGGUCACCGACCGGGGCCUUCGGCAUGACCAAGCAGUCGGCCUUCAACCACAGCGAGGACUUUACCACCGCCUCGACUCCGGCCUCGGCGCCCCAGACCCCCAUCCGGCCCAGUCACCUGCAAGUGUCCGCCAACGAUGCCAUCCUCCGGGCGGAAUCUUCACCGGGGCUGGCGCCUGCCUCGGCGGCUGCCGGAUCGGCGGCCGCCUCCAUGCCCGCCUCGCCGGCCACCAGCAGCCAGUAUUUGGCCGCCGUGACGGCCUCCACCCCUGGGGGUGGGAAUUCCACCCCCGGGUCACGCUCGAUGUCGGCCUCGCCCUCGAUCAACUUUUCGAUGGAGCGCAUUUCGUCCUACGACACGCGCUCCGAGCAGGCCAUGGGCACCAUCCAGCGGGGUGCCCGGUCGGUCAACAUGUUCUCCAUCAACCGGAAGAUGAUCACCGACAAGCUCUUCAACCGGUCCAUGAUGAAGUCCCCGGCCGACAUGCUGGACUUCACGGUGGAGGAUGCGGUGCUGAAUUCCGACCUCCGGGCCGCGCUCAUUACUUUUGCUUCGUCGGAAUUCUCCGAGGAGAAUGUCAUCUUCCUGGGGGAUGUCAUUUCGCUGAAGCGCAAUCGCGACUGGCACCGCAUCGAGGAGAUGGUCCGCGAGUAUAUCCACACCGACUCGCCGAUGGCCCUGAACAUCGAGUACAAGACGCGCGACACCAUCCUCAAGCGCGUGUCGCUCUUGACACCGGAGUACCUGGAUUCCAUGACCGAUGACGAUGACAUCACCCUCUUUGAUACGGCCUUCAAGGAAAUUGUCCGCCUGGUGGAGACCAAUGUCUUCCCGCGCUUCAAGGCCCAAUACUUGGCCGCGCGCAAUGUCAAGCCCAUGGUCGAUGUCAUUGACCACACUCGCCGCGUGGUCAUCGUCGGUGGCGGCAUGGUUGGUGCUUAUGCGGCCCUCCUGCUGGACCAGAUGCCUCGGUUCCAUGUGACCCUCAUCGAUACCAAGGAGUACUUCGAGUUUACGCCCGGCAUUACGCAGGUGUUCGCCGAUCCGAGCAAGGUCGAUCGCUUCCGUCUUCCCCAUGCGUCGUACCUGCGCAAUGGCCGCAUCAUCGUUGGCCAUGUGAAUUCCAUCACCCCGACCAGCGUGCGGGUGGAGAAUGUCGAUCACCCGUGCGAUUACAUGAUCUUCGCCAGUGGGUCUUCCUACAAUUCCCAGAUCAAGGGCCGCAACGUCACCACCGCCUAUCGGACCAAGAAGGUGACCAAUGAGUUCCAAAUCCUCCAGCGCGCUCGGCGGGUAUUGAUCAUCGGCGGUGGUGCUGUCGGUGUGCAAUUGGCCGCUGAGUUUGCCGAGAAGUUCCCCGAGAAGAAGAUUUCCCUUGUGAGUUCCAAUCCGCUGCUUUUGCGGCGGUUGCCUUCCUCGGCUCACCAGCUGGCCAAGAUGUACCUCCAGUCCAUGGGGGUGCAGCUGAUCCUCGGAGAGCGUGUCAUCGGUAUCGAUCAAUCUGGCACCAUCCUGCAGACCGACAAGGGGACCAUCCUCGAAUGUGACAAGUUCUACCUGGCCGUCGGCCUCAUUCCUCAGACCAAGUACCUGCAAAAUUCCCUCCCCUCGCUGGUGGAUGAGGAUGGCUUCAUCACCGUCACCAACACCCUGCAGGUGGAGGGCUAUUCGCACAUGUUCGCCGGGGGUGAUUCCUCCAAUCUCCCAUGCGAGAAGCUGGCCAUCGCCGCUGCCUCCCAUGGUGUUACCAUUGCUCGGAAUAUUUGCCGUCUAGAAAAGGCCCGGCCGCCGCUGGUUCUCGGAGAAAAGGGCACCGCCUCCUCCUCAGAUCGGCCCAUUGCCCAGAUCGUGUCGAUCGGCGGGCAAACGGCCAUCUUCGCCGUGCGCGGCAUGCAGGCCAUGGCCAACAAGAAGUUCCUGAAGACCAAGGACAAGUUCGAGCGCGAUAUGAUCAACUCCCUUCACCACAAGGCCCCGAUCCAUGUGCUCCUCGGCAAGCCGCCGCGGCCACUGAAGGCUGGCCCCCGUCCUUGAUGUUUAUGUAUAUGUAUGCGUGUGCAUGUGUAUGUAUAUAUUUGUGUAUAUAUAUGUAUAUACGCGCACAACCACGCGACAUCUCUCCCCCCCUCUUCCCCCUCCCCCUUUCUCCCUUCGCUUCGCCAUGGGGCUUCUCCUCUGUGGGAUGGCCAAUUGCAUGUGCCGCGCGCGCCCCCGUAUCUAAGUGUGAGAACGAGAGGGGAAAUAUGGGAACGAGGCGGGCAGGGCGGGGCACAUGUCCGCGUGUGCGCGCGGGGGUGCACCUGUAUGUCUUCCGCUCUUCAGCAUGUCCGAUGUCGCCGCGCGCUGGUCCCCGGGGCCUCGGACUGUGUGUGUCCCCAUGUACAGCGCCCCGUCAUCCUCCUUCUCUCCCCCUCCCUCCCUCUAUGUGAGGUUUUUGUGCCCUUGGAGGAGAUCAAGCGUGCGCGUGUGCACAUGGAUAUUUCCGGCACCUGCCACUCCCCUCCCCCUCUAUCUCUCUGUCUGCCCCUAUCUCCUCCUCCUCCCUCUGGUGUUCGCGUGUGUGUGUGUGUGUGCGCGCGCGCGCGCAUUUCGCCCUGUCGUGUGUACCCUCCCCCGCUGGCAGUGUCCAUUUCCAACCACCACCACGCGCACCAGCACGGGCAGUCUCCCCCUUCCCCCCCCCCCUUCACAAGCAGGAAACCGCGCGGGCUGUUCGCGGAUCCCUAUAUAUAGAUCACCGCCCUCCCCUACUACCUUCCUUCCCCCUCUCCCCCCCUAUUUUUCCCUGCUCCCUCCUGAACACCCGAUCUGUCUUCCCUUCCCUCCCUGUGGUGAUUCCGACGUGAUGUGCCGUGCACAACACCUUGCUCCCAUUUGAACUACAAAAUACUCUCUUCUCUUUUUCUCCCUUAUAUACAACUUCUCUUUUGGCGGUCAUGCGUGGGCAAUGGCAAUGCCUUUCUUCCCUUUCGCCUCUCUCUGCCCUUCGAAAAAAUUUUGUACCUUCCCUGGUUUCUUUUCGAUCUGUGUAUACCGUGCCAUCCGCUUUCCCUUGGGCACAUGCCCACCCGAGCAUGGUGCAUGCCGGUAUAUGUGCAUGCAAUCGAGAGGCAGAAUAUGUACAUCUCCCGGUUAUGUAUAUACAGUUACAUAUAUAUAUAUAUAUAUUUUUAUACA